GAUUAAAGUCAUAAGAUCUUACUCCCAAAUCUAUCCUAAAACAACGUUCAACAAUAACUUCUCCAUUUGAUUUAGAAGAUCUCUUCAAUUUUUCUUUCCCUCAAUUCAAUUUGACCUUUCCCAGUUUACUUCUAAGUUUGUAGUUCUAAGCCUGCCUCACCAACUACCCCCUUCUCUCUCUCUCUCUCUCUCUCUCCACGUAUACUCCCCCAUUCUCGCUUGUCCCACCAGCCCGGCAACCGCCCUCUCACUUUGUCAGCUUUAAAUUCAAGCAUUCAACUAUUAAAAUUUCUAAAAUAGGAGAGAGUUUCAAGACCGGGAAUCGAGUCCAUCAAACUUACUCUUCUGCAAUGGCAGGUUCUCUUCUGGGUUCCUGCUCUUCCAGCAUUACUUUCAGGUCUGCCCGUCUCGCUGCUUCUUCCGACAUUGAAUCACUCAGAUCCAUCUCUUUCUCUUCUCAUCUCCACCGUCUUUCUUCCAAUUCUUUGGAGCAAAAGCUACAUGUGCAAGUGCAGUCCUCUAGAAUGCCGGCAGUUGUAAGGGCAGAGAGCAGCUCUGACAAAACUCCCAUCGACACUUCUCUUAGUCCGAGAGUUAACUCUGUUAAGCCCUCGAAGACUGUGGCCAUAACUGACCAGGCAACUGCACUUGUGCAAGCUGGAGUGCCUGUUAUAGGCUUAGCUGCUGGGGAACCUGAUUUUGAUACCCCUGCUGUGAUUGCUGAGGCUGGGAUCAAUGCUAUCUCUGAUGGAUACACUAGGUACACCCCUAAUGCUGGUGCUUUGGAGCUUCGUACUGCAAUUUGUCAUAAACUGAAGGAGGAGAAUGGGAUUACUUAUACACCUGAUCAGAUUUUGGUCAGUAAUGGAGCAAAGCAAAGUAUCCUGCAAGCUGCACUUGCAGUUUGUUCUCCCGGGGAUGAGGUUAUAAUUCCAGCUCCAUAUUGGGUCAGCUACCCAGAGAUGGCGAGGCUGGCUGAUGCAAAGCCUGUGAUUCUUCCAACACUCAUCUCGAACAAUUUUCUAUUAGACCCCAAGCUUCUCGCAUCCAAACUCAGUGAUAAGUCUAGACUGCUGAUUCUUUGUUCCCCAGCCAAUCCAACUGGUUCAGUUUACCCCAGAAGACUGCUUGAGGAGAUUGCUGACAUAGUAUCAAAACACCCCAGGCUUUUGGUACUGUCUGAUGAGAUUUAUGAACACAUCAUUUAUGCCCCAGCAACUCAUACAAGUUUUGCUUCUUUGCCGGGUAUGUGGGAGAGGACUCUAACAGUCAAUGGGUUUUCUAAGGCCUUCGCAAUGACUGGUUGGAGACUUGGUUACCUUGCUGGUCCCAAGCACUUUGUUGCCGCAUGCGGAAAGAUUCAGAGCCAGUUCACUUCAGGUGCCAGCAGCAUUUCACAGAAAGCAGGGGUUACUGCUUUAGGAAUGGGUUAUGCUGGAGGUGAAGCAGUGUCUACAAUGGUAAAAGCAUUCCAGGAACGAAGGGAUUUCUUGGUUAAAAGCUUUACAGAAUUGGAGGGUGUCAAGAUAUCAGAGCCCCAGGGUGCUUUCUAUCUCUUCCUAGAUUUCAGCUUCUACUAUGGAACAGAGGCCAAAGGCUUUGGUGUUAUCAAGGAUUCAGAGUCUCUCUGCCGGUAUCUGCUUGAUCAAGCACAGGUUGCACUUGUACCUGGGGAUGCAUUUGGAGAUGAUAGCUGCAUCCGUAUCUCAUAUGCAGCAGCCCUUUCUUCACUGGAAGCAGCCAUGGAGAGGAUCAAGAAUGCCUUGGUCUUACUUAGGCCGCUUGUUCCUGCUUGAUAAGGAAAAGUUUCUUGAGAAUAAGUUCUACUGUGUAAUAUUUUCAAAUCAAUUGCAGGCAUGUUGUAGUGAAUAUAGUUAGAAAUAAAUCCAGCUAGUUGUGAUUGGCAAACAUUUCUUUGUCUCCCAACCAGGAAAGGAAGCCUUUCCAAUCUUGGGAGGAUAUGAGCUGAGAACUGUUCUGAUUGAGCAAUCUCAGAAUUGUAAUUUCUCUUCCAUUCCAAAUGGACAUAUUGUGCUUAUUGUCAUUCAAUCCAUUGAUGUGGGUGUACCUUUUUUUUUA